AGGUGCCGAUAAGCCGCAAACGCCUGCAUUUAUAGAUAAACUCCUUUAUCUGAAUAUUCAACGGUAAACUCUUUUGUCUCUGCCAUCUGCAUGGCAGGAAAAAGAUACAGAAGCUAGGUAAAGCAAGGUCAUUUCCAUUCAGCUUCUUUAAACAAAAGUAAUUUUUUGAUGAAAAUGUAUUCAAAUGAAUCAAAAAACAUCAAUCUGUAUCCUAAAUAGUUGAAAACCUCAACAAUGUUUCUAUGAGAAGAAUUCCACAGGGAAUUCUCUUGGGCAAGCUCUAGCAUCUUUUUACCUCCAACGCAAAUUGCAGAGUCAAAAGAGCUUACCGCCUAAAAGUAAAAAAGGGGUUUGAAUUUGUUCCGAAAACUCUGGCAUACUGUACUCCCAAAUCCGCUGAAUUAUUCCUAAAAUGCCAAAAACACUUUCAAGUCCAUUGAUGCGGCCACAAAAGGACAACCCCAAAUUUUGUUUAAAAAGUCCCUGCUUAACAUUUUCAAACAAAAAAAAAUGUGGUUUAUCAGCACGCUUGUUUCUAUUUUGAUAUUUAAAAAUCUAAUUUGGAAAAAUUGUAUCUUUGCAGGCGAAACUAUACCACCCAUAAUCUUAUCUCUAAGAUCACUAGUACAACCUUGCCUUUAGAUAAAAUAUGUCAAAACAAUAGCAACCUACGCUUGUGGACCUGCGUUAUUUCUGCCAAUACAAACUAGCCACUACCGUUGAGAACUCACCCCUAUGUAGUCAUCUCAAACAUACAUUUUUGAGUGAUUGAAAAUGAUCUACCUCAGCCAAAAAGAUUGUUUUGCCUUGACAAAACAAUAGAUAUAAUGACACCGAUGCUGCUUAUUAAAAUUCAAAUCCGUACAAAACCCUUUAUUAUUAGGGAAGAUAUUGCGGCUCAAUCAACUAAUGAGGUUGAUUGUAAAAUUUGCCCUUAUUGAGGUGAAGGAUUUUAGAAAUCAAUGUGGGUACUCUUUAUUAAAAAGGGCAAUGAAAUAAUGGAGGGAAUGUAAGACAAUUUGUAAAUACUGGUAAGGCUCUAUUCCAUUUCAAAAUAAUUUUUUAAUAGAACAAAAAACAACAAAACAGAAAAACUUCUGUUGGUUCCACACAUUUUAAUACAAAAAUUAAAUUCAUUUUGCACAAUUCUCACAAAAUAAAAUAAUCUGAUUGGCUCUCUAGUUUUUUUACCUGUCGUUUCCAUACAGAAUGCAAAAAAAAAGUUAAAUUCGAUUCCCUGAAACAUUUAAGUACCCAUCCUCAAAAGCUUUUCUGUUUUUUGUACCUAAACUAGGGAAGGAUGAAAAACAUGGGGACAUAGAAACCCGAUGUUAAGCUGAUAAUGAUGAUGAUAAUGAAUUGGUUUCACACUGUGUAAAUGUCUAAUGCAGGCUCAGCUUUCUAUGUAUUUUUAACCCAAAGAAGUUCAAAAGUUUUACACUUUUUGCAUAUCAAUGUCUUUUAACACAUUUUAACUUGUUAAAGUAAAAAUGUUUAAAACUCUUUUUCUUGUAAAGUAGUUUUUUAUCGUAAUUGCUUAGAAUUUUGUGAUAACUUUCCUCCGUUUUGUCAAACAUGAUGCAAUAAGCGCUGUUGUUCCUUAGUGUAAAUAUAGUAUUUAUUCAUCUUUCACAAAAUAUAUUUAAAAAAAAAAUUAUCUAUUAUAGUGAUUUGGUUACAUUAUCCUUAAACUCAAUGUAACCAACUUUAACUGCCCACAAUGCCCACCAGUUCAAAAAAGAUAUAUAUGCUUUAACUGAUUUUAUUUAGAAUAUGAUAAAGACUUGAUGCUUUAAGUCAGCUGUGCAAGCAGUCUAUACAUUAUACAAUUUACUUUCACUUGAUCACAAAAUGAAAUAAGUUUAAAUUAUUUAGAAUCAUUAUUUUUAUGUGAUUCUAACCUGGUUGUACUUCAUGGCUAUCUAACUGAUUGAUCUAUGCAAAUUUCAGAGAGCCCAUAGUACAUUUUUACUAAGUAUUAAUAUACUUAGUAAAGAAGUAAUGAAUGUAGUCUAUGUAGAGCGCUACCAAACUGAGAACUCUGAACUCUGUAAUUACAUUACAUAUUUUAUGUUCUAUGAUUCAUAUUUUCAUGCUGAUAUAGUUUUUAGUCUAACUGAAAUAUGCUUAUUAUGAAUAAUUGCUGAUACCCAAAAUAAACAAGAAAGUAUGUCCUGGAUCCUGAGAAUGAAACUUAAAUAUGUUGCAUUCAGUGUUUUACUUCUCUUCUUUGUUGUGCUUGGUUACAUCGGCUUUUUCUUUUUUGAUGAUGCAGAUGAAGAACACCAUUAUAGGACAAGUGAUGAAAAAAAUGUUGGGGAAGUCGUUGAGGACAUUCCUGACAUGGAGGAGGAGGGAAAUUUCUACGAGGGAAGAGAAGAUCGUCUUUCUGAACUAGAUGAUGGUUCCUACCAUGACUUUGAAGUGGACAGGGUGGCGGCUCCUGUAAUAAAUUCUAUUCAACAUGCUGAGAAAGAAGAAUUGCCAUUUUUAUUGUGGUGGACGCCUUUUACUGGCGACCAAGCCAAGAUUAAACAGUGCUGGGAAGGCAAAUGUCUUUUCAGCCAGAAUCAAUCCCUGUACGAUCAUCCAUUAACAAAAGCUUUCUUUUUUUACGGAACAGACUUUCACGAAGACAAAGUACCUCUUCCACGAAAAGCUCACCACGAAUGGGCGUUGUUGCAUGAAGAGUCCCCUAAAAACCAACCACUAUUUUUCUACGAAGAUACCUUGGGACUUUUCAAUCACACAUCGACUUUUAAACAACAGUCGAGUUAUCCGAUCUCCACACAAUAUGUCAAGUCAGAGAAGUAUAUACUAAAUCCUUUGAAAUACUCUGUCCAUGAGAAAGAUGAAUUUAAAUUGAAACACGGCCUAGCGCCUGUCGUUUUUAUUCAGAGUGGUUGCAACCCUCCAUCUGAUAGAGACUCGUAUGUUCAAGAACUUAUGAAGCAUAUUAAAAUCGAUUCUUACGGUAAAUGUCUUCACAACAAAGAUUUGCCCAAAGAAUACCAAAGCGCGACCACCAUGCAUAACAAGGGUUUCAUAGAGUUCUUACAAAAGUACAAAUUUAUGAUUUCUUUUGAGAACGCUAUAUGUGAUGAUUACAUGACGGAGAAAAUAUUCCGUACUUUGAACGUGGGCGCCGUACCUAUUUAUAAAGGGGCGCCAAAUAUACAAGAAUGGCUACCGAAUUCGCAUUCCGCUAUUGUUGUAGACGAUUUUAAAAGUCCUAAAGAACUAGCAGAUUUUAUCCUCCACCUUGACACUCAUCCAAAGGAGUAUGAAAAGUAUUUAGAAUACAAAAGAAGUGGAAUAACAAAUUCGAAGCUGAAUAAAACGUUGCAGGAGAGACAGUGGGGUGUUGAUACGGUGUAUAAAAUGAGUUUUAUAACUGGAUUCGAAUGUCAUGUAUGCGAUCAAAUUCAUCGAAAUAAAAAACGAGUGGCGGAGGGUUUGAAACCUAUCGAACACAAAGCGAACAUUGAACAUUACGGUUGUCCAGCGCCGAAAAAAUAUGAUUUGCCGCCCAUAAAUGGGGCUGAGGACUGGGAAAGAGAAACGUGGCUGUGGGAAUACAACGAUGCCGCAAAGCGUUCUGCAAUUUUAAAAGAAAAGGUUUUGAGUAGUCUUAAGGUGUAAAAACCCCAAAUACUUGGAUUAGAGCCGGUUCAAUAAGAGCACCCCUUUUAAACGGAUUUUUAUUUGAUAUUAGAAAGGGUGAUUAGUUACUGUUUUCAUAAUAAGGUCCGGUUUGAGCCCGUGCCUUGCGGAAGUAUAUUAUUUAAAAAACGCUUUAUAAUAAGCCGAACGUUGGUGGUAUUUAAAUUUUAGCAAAUGAAACAUAAACUUAUAGGAUAUAAAUAAUUUUUCCUUGGUGUAUCCCUGUGUCAGAAAUACAGAAUUUUAGAAAUACCGAAUUUUAGAAAUACCGAAUUUUCUUUGAUGUUUUUUGGAUUUACGUUGGUCAACAACGAUUUUCAUAAGUUCCAUCACCACUAACCUAACAGGCACAUCUUGUAACAAAAAAAAAUUUAUUUAGAGCAGAUAAUCGGUAUUUUUCAUUCAAUUUCUGUAUAAUUAAAACACGUUAAAGGUAGCCAAAACGGAUGCGUUGUACAUGUUAGUUUUUAUAAGCAUAACGCUUAUAAACAUAUUGGAGCUCAAAUAAGGGAAUUUUUUUAAGCAUAUACUAAGCAUUAUAUUUCUCAGGUGAUUCUUCUGAUGUAUGUUUUUUCUUAUAGAUGUUUUAAGUAGACAGUCUUAAGGCUUAAUUAUUACCACUGCACUGUCUGUGUAUAGGGAUUUGUCUGGUGUAAUUAUACCUUUAGCUUUGUGGUAUAAAAAGGUAUAAAAAAGGACGGGCGAACGCUUUGUUUUUUUCACGGGCCAACGACUAGUAUAAAUCUAAAAGCAAGCGGAAAUUUCAAAUUUCCGCUUGCUUAUAAAAAACAUGUAAAUUUCUAUUUGCGAUGUCAGACGAAUGCUGGUUAUUUUUGCAUUUUUAACAUAAAUUAAAAUAAUUUUUGAAUAUAUUAAUUUGGAGGA